UUAGAGGUGGGUUCGCCCUGCGUGGGAAAGUUACAGUGAAUGUGCCACGUCUGCUAGGAUCAGGGAGUCAUGAACGUGCCAGAGGCCGUUGUCCUUAAGCCUUCAGCUAUAUUCCUAGCUCUAUGAAGUCGGGGGUCCUUUCUCUGUUUUUGUGGGAACUUCUUUCCAGCUCCAGCAACAUGAGGCUUUUCUUGUGGAACGCGGUGUUGACGCUGUCGGUCACUUCUUUGAGCGGGGCUCUGAUCCCUGAACCAGAAGUGAAAAUUGAGGUGCUCCAGAAACCUUUCAUCUGCCAUCGCAAGACCAAAGGGGGGGAUUUGAUGUUGGUGCACUAUGAAGGUUACUUAGAAAAGGAUGGCUCCUUAUUUCACUCCACUCACAAACAUAACAAUGGUCAGCCCAUUUGGUUUACCUUGGGCAUCCUGGAGGCUCUCAAAGGUUGGGACCAGGGCUUGAAGGGAAUGUGUGUAGGAGAGAAGAGAAAGCUCACCAUUCCUCCUGCCCUGGGCUAUGGAAAAGAAGGAAAAGGUAAAAUUCCCCCAGAGAGUACACUGAUAUUCAACAUCGAUCUCCUGGAGAUUCGAAAUGGACCAAGAUCCCAUGAGUCAUUCCAAGAAAUGGAUCUUAAUGAUGACUGGAAACUCUCUAAAGCUGAGGUGAAAGUGUAUUUAAAGAAGGAGUUUGAAAAGCAUGGUGCCGUGGUAAAUGAAAGUCAUCAUGAUGUUUUGGUGGAGGAUAUUUUUGAUAAAGAAGAUGAAGACAAAGAUGGAUUUAUAUCUGCCAGAGAAUUUACAUAUAAACAUGAUGAGUUAUAGAGAUACAUGUGCCCAUUUUAUAUGACAUGCAUCCGUAAAGACAGGACAA